GUUACCUAGGGUGAAACAAAAUUACAGCCUUGGAGACUCUGGAAAAGCUCAGCAUCAGCAUUUGAGAGCCGAAGCUUGCAAAUUAUGUGAUUAAUCUACAAGCUGAUAUCAUGAUGUCAAAAUGCAGUUCAGGAAGCAUAAACACAGAGGCUGCGGAAAUUAAAACGUUGUAGUUACCAUUUGAAAAAGAAACACAACAUAGGUGGAACAGUAAACAAAGAAGAGGUGCUGCUCAUCUAAAGUGAUUUAUAAAACUGAAGUGACUGGGCUUACAUAGAAGAAUGAUUGAGGAAACAGCUUCAGCUUUUACUAUGGAAAAGUAGGCUGGGCUGGAACAAAAAUGCAAUGAAAGAAACACUGGAUGAAUGAAUGAAAAGCCCUGCUUUGCAAUCCCUCAGCAUGGCGGGACUGCAGCUCAUGACCCCUGCUUCCUCCCCAAUGGGUCCAUUUUUUGGACUACCAUGGCAACAAGAAGCAAUUCAUGAUAACAUUUACACGCCAAGAAAAUAUCAGGUUGAACUGCUUGAAGCAGCUUUGGAUCAUAAUACAAUAGUCUGCUUAAACACUGGCUCAGGGAAGACUUUUAUUGCAGUACUACUCACUAAAGAGCUGUCCUAUCAGAUCAGGGGAGAUUUCAACAAAAAUGGAAAAAGAACUGUGUUCUUGGUCAACUCUGCAAAUCAAGUUGCUCAACAAGUGUCAGCUGUCAGGACACAUUCAGACCUUAAAGUGGGAGAGUAUUCAAGUUUAGAGAUAACUGAAUCAUGGACAAAAGAGAAGUGGAGUCAGGAAUUCUCUAAGCAUCAGGUUCUGGUUAUGACAUGUCACAUUGCUUUGACUGUUCUGAGAAAUGAGUAUUUAUCCCUGUCUAAUAUUAAUCUUCUGGUGUUUGAUGAGUGCCAUCUUGCAAUCCAGGAUCAUCCAUACCGUGAAAUUAUGAAGAUCUGUGAGGAUUAUCCAUCAUGUCCACGAAUUUUGGGAUUAACAGCUUCCAUUUUAAAUGGGAAAUGUGAUCCUGCUGAGUUAGAGGAGAAGAUCCAGAAACUGGAGAAAAUUUUAAAGAGCAAUGCUGAAACUGCAACUGAUUUGGUGGUCUUAGACAGAUAUGCUUCUCAGCCAUGUGAGAUUGUUGUAGACUGUGGACCAUAUACUGACAAAAGUGGGUUGUAUGGAAGAUUAUUAAAGGAAUUGGAUGAAGCACUUGCUUUUCUAAAUGACUGCAACAUAUCUGUACAUUCAAAAGAAAGAGAUUCUACCUUAAUUUCUAAGCAGAUAUUGUCAGACUGUCGAGCUGUGUUGGUUGUUCUGGGACCCUGGUGUGCAGAUAAGGUAGCUGGGAUGAUGGUGAGAGAGCUGCAGAAGUAUAUCAAACAUGAACAAGAGGAGCUGCACAGGAAAUUUUUAUUGUUUACAGACACUUUCCUAAGGAAAAUACAUGCACUCUGUGAAGAGCACUUCUCGCCUGCCUCACUUGACCUGAAAUUUGUGACCCCAAAAGUAAUAAAGCUGCUUGAAAUCUUGCGCAAAUACAAACCAUAUGAACGGCAGCAGUUUGAAAGUGUUGAAUGGUAUAACAAUAGGAACCAGGAUAAUUAUGUAUCUUGGAGUGAUUCUGAAGAUGAUGAUGAGGAUGAAGAAAUUGAGGAGAAAGAGAAGCCAGAGACUAAUUUCCCAUCUCCCUUUACUAAUAUUUUAUGUGGAAUUAUUUUUGUGGAAAGAAGAUACACAGCGGUUGUUCUAAAUAGGUUGAUAAAAGAAGCUGGCAAGCAAGAUCCAGAACUGGCUUACAUCAGUAGCAAUUUUAUAACUGGACAUGGCAUUGGCAAGAACCAGCCUCGUAACAAGCAGAUGGAAGUAGAAUUUAGAAAACAGGAAGAGGUUCUUAGAAAAUUUCGAGCACAUGAAACCAACCUCCUUAUUGCUACUAGUAUUGUAGAAGAGGGUGUUGACAUACCAAAAUGCAACUUGGUGGUGCGUUUUGAUUUGCCCACGGAGUACCGCUCCUAUGUGCAGUCAAAAGGAAGAGCCAGAGCACCAAUUUCCAAUUACAUUAUGUUAGCAGAUACAGACAAAAUCAAAAGUUUUGAAGAAGAUCUUAAGACAUAUAAAGCAAUUGAGAAGAUCCUCAGAAACAAAUGCUCAAAAUCUGUUGAUACCAAUGAAACUGAAACUGAACCCAUUGUUGAUGAUGAUGAUGUAUUUCCACCCUACGUAUUGAGGCCAGAUGAAAACAGUCCAAGAGUUACUAUUAACACUGCUAUUGGACACAUAAAUAGGUACUGCGCUAGAUUACCAAGUGAUCCAUUUACACACCUAGCUCCCAAGUGUAAAACCCGGGAACUACCUGACCAUACGUUUUACUCUACUCUCUACCUGCCAAUCAACUCACCUCUUCGAGCUUCAAUUGUUGGUCCUCCAAUGAGUUGUGCAAGACUGGCUGAGAGAGUUGUAGCUCUUAUUUGCUGUGAAAAACUGCACAAAAUUGGUGAACUGGAUGAUCAUUUGAUGCCAGUUGGUAAAGAAACGGUUAAAUAUGAGGAGGAACUUGAUUUACACGAUGAAGAAGAAACCAGUGUUCCAGGAAGGCCAGGCUCUACAAAACGAAGACAGUGCUAUCCUAAAGCUAUUCCAGAGUGUUUGAGGGAUAGUUACCCCAAACCUGAUCAACCCUGUUACCUGUAUGUAAUAGGAAUGGUGUUAACAACUCCUCUACCUGAUGAGCUCAACUUCAGGAGACGAAAGCUAUAUCCUCCUGAGGAUACAACAAGAUGUUUUGGCAUAUUGACAGCCAAACCUAUACCUCAAAUUCCUCACUUUCCUGUGUAUACUCGCUCUGGAGAGGUUACAAUAUCUAUUGAGCUUAAGAAAUCUGGUUUUACUCUGUCUCUGCAAAUGCUUGAGCUGAUAACGAGACUCCACCAGUACAUUUUUUCACAUAUUCUUCGUCUUGAGAAACCUGCACUAGAGUUCAAACCCACAGAAGCUGAUUCAGCCUAUUGUGUUCUACCUCUUAAUGUUGUUGAUGACUCCAGCACUUUGGACAUUGACUUUAAGUUUAUGGAAGACAUUGAGAAAUCUGAGGCACGUACAGGCAUUCCCAGUACACAGUAUACAAAAGAAAUGCCUUUUAUUUUCAAGUUAGAAGAUUACCAGGACGCAGUUAUCAUUCCACGGUAUCGAAAUUUUGAUCAGCCUCAUCGAUUCUAUGUAGCUGAUGUGUACACUGAUCUUACUCCACUCAGUAAAUUCCCUUCCCCUGAAUAUGAAACUUUUGCUGAAUAUUAUAAAACAAAGUAUAAUCUUGACCUAACCAAUCUCAACCAGCCACUGCUGGAUGUGGACCACACAUCUUCAAGACUUAAUCUUUUGACUCCUCGCCAUUUGAAUCAGAAGGGAAAAGCACUUCCACUAAGCAGUGCUGAGAAGAGGAAGGCAAAGUGGGAAAGUUUGCAGAAUAAGCAGAUACUGGUUCCUGAGCUUUGUGCUAUACAUCCUAUUCCAGCAUCAUUGUGGAGAAAAGCAGUUUGCCUCCCCAGCAUACUUUACCGCCUGCACUGCCUUUUGACAGCAGAGGAACUAAGAGCUCAAACAGCCACUGAUGCUGGUGUAGGGGUUAAAUCACUUCCUGCAGAUUUCAGAUACCCUAACUUGGACUUUGGAUGGAAAAAAUCUAUUGACAGCAAAUCCUUCAUCUCUCUUCCUAACUCCUCAGUAGUAGAGAAUGAAAAUUACUGUAAGCACAGCACAAUUGUAGUCCCUGAAAAUGCUGCACAUCAAGGUGCUAAUAGAACCUCUUCUGCAGAAAACCAUGACCAAAUGUCUGUGAGUUACAGAACAUUGCUCAAUGAGUCACCCAGUAAACUCCAAAUUGAUGUCUCGGCAGAACUUGCAGCAAUUAAUGGUGUUUCUUAUAAUAAAAAUCUUGCCAAUGGCAAUUGUGAUUUAGUUAACAGAGACUUUUGCCAAGGAAAUCAGCUGAAUUACUGCAGGCAGGAAAUACCUGUACAACCAACUACCUCAUAUCCCAUUCAGAAUUUAUACAACAGUGAGAACCAGCCCAAGCCCAGCAAUGAAUGUACUCUACUGAGUAAUAAAUACCUUGAUGGAAAUGCUAACAGAUCUACCUCAGAUGGAUGCCCCAAAAUGGCAGUGACCACCAGUACUUCAAAAGCUAAUAAUCUUUCAAAAGACAGAGCAGAUUCUGAAAAGAACCCUUCCACUGGGUACUCCUCAAAAACUCUCGGUCCUAAUCCUGGUCUCAUUCUUCAAGCUUUGACUCUUUCAAAUGCUAGUGAUGGAUUUAACCUGGAGCGGCUAGAAAUGCUUGGUGAUUCAUUUUUAAAGCAUGCCAUCACUACGUACUUGUUUUGCACUUACCCUGAUGCUCACGAGGGACGGCUGUCAUAUAUGAGAAGCAAAAAAGUCAGCAACUGUAACUUAUAUCGCCUUGGAAAAAAGAAGGGGCUGCCCAGUCGCAUGGUUGUGUCGAUUUUUGAUCCUCCGGUCAAUUGGCUUCCUCCUGGGUACAUAGUAAACCAGGACAAGAGCAACACUGAUAAGUGGGAGAAAGAUGAAAUGACAAAGGAAAACAUGUUGGCUAAUGGUAAACUUGAUGAUUAUAACGAUGAUGAAGAGAAUGAAGACCUAAUGUGGAGAUCGCCCAAGGAAGAAACAGACUUUGAAGAUGAUUUUCUGGAGUAUGAUCAGGAGCAUAUCAAAUUCAUUGAUAAUAUGUUAAUGGGAUCAGGGGCUUUUGUGAAGAAAAUUUCGCUCUCACACUUUUCAACCACUGAUUCAAACUAUGAAUGGAAAGCACCCAAAAAGUCAUCCCUGGGUAAUGUUCAGUGUUCAUCAGAUUUUGAUGAUUUUGACUAUAGCUCUUGGGAUGCUAUGUGCUAUCUGGAUCCUAGCAAGGCUGUUGAAGAGGAUGAUUUCGUAGUGGGCUUCUGGAAUCCCUCAGAAGAAAACUGUGGUGUUGAUGCAGGAAAACAGUCAAUCUCAUAUGACUUGCAUACGGAGCAGUGUAUUGCUGAUAAGAGCAUUGCAGACUGUGUGGAAGCCCUGCUGGGCUGCUAUCUGACCAGCUGUGGUGAAAGAGCUGCUCAGCUUUUCCUGUGUUCAUUGGGGCUGAAGGUGCUCCCUGUAAUUAAAAAGACUGAUUGGGAAGGCACUUUAUGUGCUACGAGAGAGAACUGUAACAGUGAGCAGAAAACUAUUUCACCAAACUCUGUUUCUGCUUCUGUAGCUAAUUCAGAGCCUUCUCUGUGUAAAGACCUGGAGUAUGGCUGUUUGAAGAUUCCACCAAGGUGUAUGUUUGAUCACCCAGAUGCUGAAAAAACCCUUAAUCACCUUAUUUCUGGUUUUGAAAACUUUGAGAAGAAAAUAAAUUACAGUUUUAAGAACAAGGCUUACCUUCUUCAGGCAUUUACUCAUGCCUCCUACCAUUAUAAUACCAUUACUGAUUGUUACCAGCGCUUAGAAUUCCUGGGAGAUGCAAUUUUGGACUACCUCAUAACCAAGCACCUUUAUGAAGACCCACGGCAACACUCUCCAGGAGUUCUUACUGACCUACGAUCUGCUCUAGUCAAUAAUACCAUUUUUGCAUCAUUAGCUGUAAAGUAUGACUACCACAAGUACUUCAAAGCUGUCUCUCCUGAACUGUUUCAUGUUAUUGAUGACUUUGUGCAGUUUCAAAUGGAAAAGAAUGAAAUGCAAGGAAUGGAUUCUGAGCUCAGAAGAUCAGAAGAAGAUGAAGAAAAAGAGGAAGACAUUGAAGUACCAAAGGCCAUGGGGGAUAUAUUUGAGUCCCUUGCUGGUGCCAUUUAUAUGGAUAGUGGAAUGUCUUUGGAAAUGGUUUGGCAAGUGUACUAUCCAAUGAUGAGGCCAUUAAUAGAAAAAUUUUCUGCUAAUGUGCCCCGUUCCCCGGUGCGAGAAUUGCUGGAGAUGGAGCCGGAGACAGCCAAAUUCAGCCAUUUAUUAAUCUGCAAGAGGAACUCAUCCUUAUCCUUGAAGACCCUUGGUCUAAGGAAAAGUGGAAACCCAAGGGGAUUGCAGUUCAUGAAAGGUCUCCAACCUAGCUUGAAACUAGCAGCCUCAGAGCACUUGGAGACGAUGGAGAGGUGCACAGAUCUCCAUGGGUUAUUCAGCCUUCUGCUGCCAUGACUGCGUCGUUAUCAG